AUGGCACAAGACUUACUCGAUCUUGAUAAACUAAACAAGACCAUAUUGUGUUACGCUGAGACAGUUUACCGGAUUAAUGGCGUUUGGGAAGGACCUGAUCCAUUGACACCCUUUAUACCUCUCUUCUUCAUUCAGAUAACCCUUGCCAUCAUGUUUACCCGUCUUCUCGUCUUCGCCCUAAAACCCUUCAAUCAACCUUCUAUUGUUGCAGAAAUUCUCAGUGGUAUAAUUCUGGGGCCUUCUGUAUUUGGAAGAAACAAUGGAUUCAGAAAGCUGAUAUUCCCAAGUUACACUUAUAAAGUGUUGGAGCCAAUGGCACAUUUGGCCCUUGUAUACUAUGCCUUCCUUGUGGGAUUAAGAAUGGACAUAAAAGCAAUUCAGCGCACUGGAUCCAAGGCUGUUAACAUUGCUGUAGCUGGAACUAUAAUCCCUUUCUCUCUAGGUUCCGUCUUAUAUUUCGUCUUCCAAGGUGAUAGAGCAGGUUUCAUCUUCUGGGGGGCUGCCCUUACUGUCACCGGCUUCUCGGUUCUAGCAGAAAUUCUUGAAAAGCAAGAAAUAACCAACACUGAAAUUGGUAAGACAGCCAUGGCCUCGGCCCUAAUAAACGACGUUUGUGCAUGGUGUUUCUUAGCACUCGGGUUUGCCAUCACUGGCUCCCCCAGAAACAUUCACUGGUCAUUGCUAUGUACCAUUGUUUUUGUACUACUCAGUGUCUAUUAUAUCCGACCCUGCCUCAAGUGGGUCAUCCGAAAAACACCAGAAGGACAAGGAUACAGUGAGUUCUAUAUAUGUUCAGUGCUCACUGGAGUUGCUUUCUCUGGAGUCAUCACUGAUGCAUGUGGAACACACCCCAUGGUUGGUGCCUUUGUCUUUGGACUUGUGAUACCUAGUGAAGUUCUUGAAGCUGCAUUGAUUGAAAGGCUCGAAGACUUUGUCGUGGGAAUUUUUAUGCCGGUGUUCUUCAUGGUUUGUGGGCUGAGAACUAAUGUUGAUACAGUCUCUGACCAAACUUCCUGGAUCGUGGUGGCAUUUGUUAUAAUUUUAGCCUGCACUGCCAAGAUUCUGUGCGCUCUGACCGUUUCCCUCUUCAGUAACAUUCCAGCUAAGGAGGCAAUUGCAGUGGGAAUAUUGACUAACACCAAGGGCGCCAUGGCAAUGAUCAUCCUUGAAGCUGGUCAAACACAAGUGGCUCUAAACACGCAAACAUACUCAGUAAUGGUGAUUGCAAUCCUGUUAAUGACGAUGGUUGUCAUGCCUGCAACAAUCACAUAUCGUCCAUCAAAGAAUUUGGUACCAUAUAAGCGCAGGACGAUAGAGAAGGCAAAAUCAGAUGAAGAGCUCCGAGUUCUUGCAUGUAUUUACAAUACACGUAAUAUCCCUUCCAUUAUUAACCUUCUCAGGGCUUCAAAUGCCACAAAUAGAUCCCCUAUAAGAGUUUUUGCUCUCCAACUAGUUGAGCUCGUUGGACGCGCCACUGCUAGUCUGGUUGUCCAUAGCACGCACAAAGUGGGCCCCAGAAAUCCCAGCAACGUAGAAGCACAAGCCGAUCAUAUUAUAAGUGCUUUUGACAACUAUGAACUACAAUCAGAUGGCGUUACCACCCAGGCACUCACUGCCCGGUGUGCUUACUCCACCAUGGAUGAAGAUAUUUGCAAUGUUGCCAAGGACAAGCGUUCAACAUUCAUAAUUAUUCCAUUUCACAAGCAACGAACUCUUGAUGGUGAAAUGGAGGAUAUUAAUCCUGCCUUUCGGAGUGUUAAUGAAGGCGUACUAGAAAAUGCACCUUGUUCUGUGGGUAUAUUGAUUGAUAGAGGACUUCAAGAGUCAAAUGAUCACGCACACAAUAUUGCCAUGUUGUAUUUUGGUGGUCCUGAUGACAGGGAGGCAUUGUCUUAUGCUUGGAGAAUGGCAGAAAAUUCAGAUAUCAGCCUAACAGUAGCAAGGUUUACCCCUAGUAGUAAUGCAGAUGAACUGGAUCCUGUAGAACUCGUUGCAGAAACCCACAUGACUUUGCAAAUUGACAGUGAGAGAGAGACCUUGCUGGAUGAGGAUUACCUGAAUAAGUUCAAGACUGCAACUGCAAAUGACAAAUCAAUAAUAUACAUUGAAUUGAUGUUAAAUGAUGAAGAAGAAGCUGUUAAUGCAAUAAAAUCAAUGGAUGAACGCAAUCACGAUCUUUAUAUUGUAGGAAAAGGAACAGGCAUUAGGUCACCUUUGACAGCAGGGCUAGCCGACUGGUGUGACUGUCCAGAGCUGGGGCCAAUUGGAGAUCUUCUAGUCACAUCAGAAUUUGAGUCUGCAUUUUCAGUGCUGGUGGUGCAGCAAUACAUCAGGUCAAACAAGAGGGAUGGAUCAGAGAGUUCUGCAAGCUCAGUGGACUAUAGGCAAGAGAUGGAACUGAGGCCGUCAGUGAGUGAAAGCGAUGGAUUUGAAUCCAUCACCAGUCUCACGACAAGAGAUCAAAAUAACCGAAUGGCUUUACAGGAUUAG